AUGGAAAAAAAUAUAUAUUGGAUAUUUUUUGUGAUGCUUCCACUCGUUCUUUUUGGAACCGUAUUAAGUUAUCGAGAUGUACCAAAACUUAAUGAACCUGCUAAUAGAAGCAAUGCGUUCGGGAACUUAUCUCAAGGAACAUUUAAUUUAAGGAGUUUCUCAGGAAAUAAUAGUGAAUUACUUUCUUUUAUAAAAAAAUAUAAAAGUUUUUUAACUGUACAAGGAAGAAAAUUAAAAAAUAUUAAAUAUGCGUUGGAUGAAAUAAAAACUCAUUUAGAUAAUAAAUUUGCUAGUAUAUAUUGGGACAAAGGUGCACGAACACAAUUAUCUAGAGAAGACUAUAAAAAAGAAUUUGCUAAAUUCAAUGAAUUUUAUGAUAAAAAAAUUAACUAUUAUUAUGAUCUAAAAAAUGAUAAUAUUGCUGAACAUGCCAUAUUAACGAAUUAUAAUAGAGAAUUAAAUAAAAGAAUAAAUAGAUUGGCUGUUUUACCUGUAGAUGUACAAAAUGCUUAUAGUGAAGUUAUGAAGAUUUUAAAAGAAAAUAUAGAAGCAAUUUAUUAUAACUUAAGUAUAUGUAAUAUUAUUUCGGAUAAUAUUAAGUAUAUAGAUAAGAAUAGAGACUUAAAAUUGAUUAAUUCUAUGGAUCAAGUAGAAGAGAAAGUAGAACAAGAAAGAACAAGUCAAACAAAUCAAGAAAGUCAGGAAAAUCAAGCAAAUCAGCCAAAUCAAGCAAAUCAAACAAGUAAAAUAAAUAAAAUAGAAGACGUAGUAAAUCAAACAAUGAACACAGUAAGUCAAAAUGGAAAUGUGAUAAUACCAGAAGCGGGUGCAGCAAAUAGAGCAGGAACUGAGGAAAAUCAAACAGAAAUUACGGAAGAUCUAUCAAACGAUGUGGACCAAGAAACGGAUACAUUACAAGAAUAUGAAAUGAAAUCUUUAGAUAAUACAGGAAAAGUACAAGGAGAAAUAGUUGAAACUAACAAUAAUAAUAGUGCAAUACUUAAAGUUAUGGUAGUAGUAGGUGUAUUGGGUGGUUUAUUUAUCUUUGCUGGCGUAGGUUAUUUCAUUUAUAAUAAAAAGCUAUUGAAUAUAUCAUAA